AUGUGGAAAGCCAUUGUAAAAGCCUUCAACGGUGAUGAGAGUAAACUCAAAGGUCACAACGGCCAAACAUACGACUUCGAACAAGUCAAAUCUUUCGUGAAUUCAAAGGACAAAUCCAAAAUCAUCAUCGAUGUGAGAGAACCAAGUGAAUAUGAUGAGUUUCACAUUCCAGGUGCUCAUAAUAUGCCCUUCAAAACGCGACCUCUGGCCCUAUCGAAGCCUACCAUCGAAUUCAAGCAGACCUUCGGAUUCGAAAAGCCCUCAAAAGAUCAAGAGCUUGUCAUUCUUUGUGCCUCUGGUUUUAGAGCUGGUAAGGCCAGAGACGAGGCAUUGCAAACUGGCUACAAGGUGGUCAGUGUGUACCCUGGCUCCAUGAAUGACUGGAUUGCUAAGGGUGGUGAAAAGGCCUGA